AUUUAUUUCGAAAAUAGAAGAAGUAUUGAAUGACUGGAAGCUUAUUGGGAUUUCUUCAGGGAAACCUCUAGAAAAGGGUGUAUAUACCACAGGAACAUGGGAAGAGAAAUCAGAUGAAAUUUCAUUUGCAGACUUCAGAUUCUCAGUUACCCAUCAUUGGCUUGUACAAGAACCCAAUGACAAAGAUGGGAAAGAAGAACUGGUAGAAGAUGCCCUUCCUCUGCCUAUGCAGGACUUGCUGUGCGUGAACAAUGACUUUCCACCUAGAGCUCACUGUCUGGUAAGAUGGUAUGGCUUACGUGAGUUUGUGGUUAUUGCUCCAGCUGCAAAUAAUGAUGCAGUUCUUAGUGAAUCGAAAUGUAACCUUUUGCUGAGUUCCGUUUCCAUUGCAUUGGGGAACACUGGCUGUCAGGUACCAUUGUUUGUGCAAAUACAUCAUAAAUGGAGACGAAUGUAUGUUGGAGAAUGUCAGGGUCCAGGAGUUCGAACUGACUUCGAAAUGGUUCAUCUUCGCAAAGUGCCAAAUCAGUAUACUCAUUUAUCAGGAUUACUAGAUAUCUUCAAAUCCAAGAUUGGAUGCCCUUUAACACCACUGCCUCCGGUUAACAUGGCUAUUCGGCUUACGUAUGUUCUUCAAGACUGGCAGCAGUAUUUCUGGCCACAGCAACCUCCAGAUAUAGAUGCUCUAGUUGGGGGAGAAGUUGGAGGCCUUGAGUUUGGGAAGUUACCAUUUGGUGCCUGUGAGGAUCCUAUUAGUGAGCUUCAUUUAGCUACCACAUGGCCUCACCUAACAGAAGGUAUAAUUGUCGACAAUGAUGUUUAUUCUGACCUGGAUCCUAUUCAGGCACCCCAGUGGUCUGUGAGAGUCAGAAAAGCAGAUAACCCUCAGUGUCUGUUGGGUGACUUUCUUACUGAAUUCUUCAAACUUUGCCGUCGGAAGGAGUCAACUGAUGAGAUACUUGGAAGAUCUGCAUUUGAAGAGGAAGGAAAAGAGGUUGCUGAUAUUACCCAUGCUUUGUCGAAGCUCACUGAACCAGCACCAGUCCCAAUCCAUAAAUUAUCAGUCACAAAUAUGGUUCACAGUGCAAAGAAAAAAAUUCGCAAACACAGAGGUGUAGAUGAAUCACCUUUAAACAAUGAAGUUCUAAACACUAUUCUUCUGUUCUUAUUUCCUGAUGCUGCUGACAAACUUGCAGAUGGAUUUGAAAGCAGAACUA